AUGGUAUUAAAGCGGUUCAAACAUUAAAAUUAAUAAGGCAAAUUUUAAAUGAAUAAAGCGUAUUCCCUAUUUUUUUGGCUAUAUCAAUCCAAAAAGUUAAACAACUAUAUUGGAUCAUUCAAAUCGCUCCAUUCAGCACCACUUUUGAAAAAUGAUUAGAAGCGAGAUUUAAAAUUAUCUGUGAUCAGUUUAAUUUGAACUGAUUUUGGAAGUUUAAUCUUAGGUGUGUCCAAAUAUAACCGGGAAAAAAGUCCAAGUAAUAAAUUUUUAGAAACACUUUUAGAAGACAAGCUAAGAUCUGAUUUUUAUCUGAAAUCGAACAACUUUAUUGUCUACAUGAAGGAGUUGAUUCGUUUCUUUUGCUAAAAUAUUUUCCACCCAUUUGUGAUUCAGUUUGCAUUAAAUGUUUACUUGGAAUGCUUAGAAAGACUUAGGAGGCACUUUCAAAAUCUAUUCGCUUAGGGAAGUUUUAUAAAUGCCCAAUAUUUAUGUGGCAAAUAUUUUAGCAAAAGAAACGAAUCAACUCUUUAAUUGGAAAUAUAUUCUUGGUUUGCCUUCUAAAUGUGA